AUGUCCGACGUUACAGCCGGUGGUGCUACUGUCUUCCCAUCUCUCAACGUUUUUGUACAACCUGUAAAGUGCAGCGCUGUCUUUUGGCACAACCUACUGGCCAGUGGUCAGCCCGACACGCGCAUGGUGCACGCUGGAUGUCCGGUGCUCAUGGGUGACAAGUGGGUGUCCAAUAAAUGGAUUAGAGAAUCUUGCCAGGUGUUCCGCUCUCCCUGUGUGAAGACAGCCUGGUGAUUUUUAGUGGCAGUUAAACAUACAUGUAACUGUCUGUCUGUCUGUCUGUCUGUCUGUCUGUCUGUCUGUCUGUCUGUCUGUCUGUCUGUCUGUCUGUCUGUCUGUCUGUUACAAUUUAUCAGCUUAAGAAAGUUUGCUUUAAUUUUGCUAUCCUGUUAAUUUCAUAGCGCUGUGUCCUUAACUUUCCAUGAGAUGUAACGCUUUCUGGUGCAAUUACUAACUACACAGCAUGCUUCACUUUAUGAACAUGAUACUGUAAGCUAUCUAUUCUUGCUCUUGUUCUUGUUCUUAGUCUCGUUCUUGUUCUUUGUCUUCUUCUUUUGUC